GCGAGACUCGCAUGGCGUUAUUGUGUAUUUGUUGCGCGGUUUAGGUACAGAUGUUCUAUUCUCGUUAUAGCGUGAUACCAUACUCAUUUAUUGAAGCAAUGGCCAAAGGUCAAAAAGAAAGUAUCGAAAGGGGUGAUUUACCAAAUCCUGAAUCCAGAAGUACAGAUAAUGAGGAUGGGGAAUCUAACCAGGAACAACUUCUCGAUAUCGGUGAACACUAUUUAGUGAGGCGUGUCGAUGACUCAUGGCGGCCGGCUGAGAUAAUUCAGACGCGCUACAAUGCUUCGGAAUCGUGCUACGAAUAUUAUGUGCAUUAUGUCGGAUGUGAUAGAAGAUUGGAUGAAUGGGUUCCUCGCCACAGGAUUAUGUCAGAUAGAUUUGAUGGGUGUGAACAAUCGAGUAAUAACGCUGAUCUUUUGUUGACCGACAAAUCUGGGCGCAAAAUAACGCGCAAUCAAAAACGCAAACAUGAUGAAAUUAAUCAUGUUCAGAAAACCUAUGCGGAAAUGGACCCGACAACAGCUGCGCUUGAGAAGGAGCACGAAGCUAUUACUAAAGUAAAGUAUAUUGAUAGGAUUCAAUUCGGUAAAUAUGAGAUCGAUACCUGGUAUUUUAGUCCUUACCCAGAGGAGUAUGGUAAACAGUCAAAGUUGUUUAUCUGCGAGUUUUGUUUGAAAUAUAUGAGGUUGGAGAAAACAUUCAGAUAUCAUAUAGGCGAUUGUCCGCAGCGGCAGCCACAGGGGACUGAGAUAUACAGAAAGGGCACUUUAGCUAUAUUUGAAGCAGACGGCAAAGAGCACAAACUCUAUUGUCAAAACUUAUGUUUAUUGGCAAAACUGUUUCUGGACCACAAGACAUUGUACUUUGACAUUGAACAGUUUAUGUUCUACACUCUUUGUGAGGUUGACAAACACGGGGCACACUUGGUUGGUUAUUUCUCAAAAGAAAAGGAUUCUCCAGAAGGCAACAAUGUUGCUUGUAUACUGACACUGCCACCGUUCCAACGUCAAGGAUAUGGAAAACUACUCAUUGCUUUUAGUUAUGAGCUAUCAAGAUUAGAGAAAGUGGUGGGCAGUCCGGAAAAGCCUUUAUCGGAUUUGGGUAGGCUGAGCUACAGGUCCUAUUGGUCCUAUGUUAUUUUGGAAGUCUUGAGUGUAACAAGAGGCAUUUUGAGUAUAAAAGACCUCAGCCAAAUGACAGGUAUUGCGCCUACCGACAUUAUAACGACGCUACAGGUUAUGAAUAUGGUGAAAUAUUGGAAAGGUCAGCAUGUGGUCUGCGUUACCCCAAAGAUGGUGACCGAACAACUUGCCACUUCAUAUUUUAAGAAGCCUCGUUUGACGGUGGAUCCUACUGCCAUUCGUUGGACGCCACCGAGCAAACAGGGCCCAGCUGCUAAGUCUAAGAAGUAAUUAUACUCAAUGUAUUUUUAAUGAUAAGAAUAAAAGAGAAAUCAAUCAUCAAUAGUAGUUGACAAAGAACAGAAGACCGGUUUUUUGUUUCUAUAGUGUGUUACACAUUUGAGUGAUUAUUUAAAAGUAUUAUACAUUUUAGUGAACAUAAGUAGGCAAUUCUCUGUUAAAUCAUUCAGUACAUUAGGAAUAACACUUAUUAAAUAAGCAAUUGUUUCUGGUACAUAUUGUGUCAAUGUUAUAUUUCAUAGAAGUCUUAACACAGAAUCUAAAUUUAAAUUGAUUUGGGAGGCUACAUAAUCAAUGAAAGUAGUUAUUGUCCAUCAUUAUACAUAAUAACUUAAAAUCUUCAAUUAUGUGGCUAAGUGGUAGUAGUUAUGAAUUUGUAGUAGUUUAUGAAGAAGUGUGUCACAGAUGUGUUUUAGGUAACAUUUAUUGUCAUUUUAAACAUUUAUAGUGUUUUUCGGUGUAAAUUUCCCAUAAAACCUAUCGUGUUUUCCUAUCCAUGCUAAUUUGUUAUUAUAACUAUGAAUAAACUUCCUAGACAUAAGAAAACAAGACUAGACUUAAGAUAAUAAAAAAAAAAUACCUAAGAUUCACACUAAUAAGACUUGUAGUAAGUAACCUAAGUCUGUAAUUUUUUAUUAUUUACCUACUCAAUUUCUUAAUGUGAAUGCAUGGAUGAUUAAUACUUGUUGCAAUUUUAAAGUACAUACUCCAUUCUGUUCUCCAUCUGUUCAUUUAUAUUCAAUUCAGUUCCUGUGUUAUUAGUGAUAUUAUUUAAUGCCUAGAUUUAGUAUCAAUACUAGGCUUAUAUAAAUAUUUCGUAAUGUUUUAAACAUUAAUAUUCAGUUCAAGCUAAGCUUAUGUAGAUGCCUCCAUAUGUAAUAAGAACAACUAUAUUUUUAAGUUCUCAAUAAGUGUAUUUUUAUAAUCUUAUUCUAAAUUUGUCACUGUAUGUGUCAGAUUGUUUGUGAAAAAUCUUUCAUGUUUUUUUUAGAUUCUGUGAAUCAUUGAUUUUGUGAUAACCUAGCUUAAGAAUAAUGUGUAAAUGUGGAAUAAACCCUGUUGGAAAUAAUA